UUGCGCGGACUUGCCCCACAUAACUCUAAUUACAAUUAUGGUGCCAAAAUUUUUUGAUAUACAAAAUCAUUUGCAUCAAUAAAAUGUACAUUUUUUUUUAAACAUAUUUUAUUCUAUUGUUAUUUAAUUACUUUCAAAAUAACAAAGCUGACACCUUGAAAAGUGGAUGUUUCAAUAACUUUUAAGUGAUGAUUACAUAAAUAAUAAAUAAAUUCAUCCAUUUCAAAUUUAAAAUUAUGGAUUUCUACAUACUGCCUUUUUGUUAAUAACUAUGUCAACAUACGUCACUUUUCUGAGCUCGGGAAAAAUGUAGUAAAAUUAAGUUUUAAGAAUUAUGGUUCAAAAUCAUUCUCGUUUGGUUUGAAAUUCAUCCACGUAAAUUUCUAAAUCUUCCACAGUUUUUACUAAUGCUGUCAGAGCAGAAUAAUUUAUUUGAAUGACAUUUAAAUCAAUCAAGUGAAAAUUAAUUUAAUUAAGUAGAUACAAAAGUGGGUAUAGAUAUUUAUCGAUUUACUCUUGAUAAAAUUAUAAUCCACUUAAACUGUUUUCAACAUUCGUUAGCACAACACAGUGCAAUGUCAAAUAAAUAAAAUGGAUCAAAAACUUUUUUACAAACGUGGUAAUUUUCAAAAACAUAAUUUACAUUUAAUAUGCCAACGUACAAUAUUUCACUGCCAUUUAUAUAUUUUCAAAAUUCUGGGAUUGGCGCCAUGGAAAAUUAAUGUGCCAAUUAUUUUUGAAAAUGGUCUUUACAGAAAUAAUACUGACUGUCCAUAUGAAAUUUCAAUAACCGGAGCUAUCUACAAUAUUUUUCUAAUAUUCGCAUUAUGUGUUUAUGCAAUAAUACUUCAUAUAUAUGAUUUUUCGGCUGUAGAACGAAUGGAUUCAAUAAUAACCAAAAUAGUCGGGAAAAGUAUCAUAGCAUUUGGAUUGAUUGGUGUCAUUACUAUAUGGUUUGUUUAUAUAUUUUAUCAAAAAGUGAUUGUAGAAAUAGCCAACGAGAUGUACAUGUUAGAUAAUUACUUAAAAAGAUGCAAAUAUUAUUCACUAGAGAAUGAUUUUUGUAUUUACUUCAUAUUUGGCGGAAAUUUUAUCAUGUAUGCCGGCAUGUUUUUACUUGAAAUUUUCACAUAUUUCUCCGUUGUAACACCACUGUGGACAGUGCCAUACCUGAUUAGCAGUUGGAUUCUAACACAAUAUGCACUAACUUUGAAUUUUAUACUUAAACGAUUUAAAAGUUUGAAUAAAACAAUUCUUAAACUUGGUAAAAUAAAUCUCGAAAGUGAAUUUGAUACAAUACUCGUUACAAAAAUGAAAAUUCACAACUCGACUGUUGCUGACAUUGUAAACAUCAAUGAUGCCAAUAGAAAGCUGUAUGAAAUUUGUAAUAAAGUAGCGGAUUUUUAUGCACUUCCGCUAUUGAUAGCAAUUAUUUACUGUACGAUAACAGCUAUAUUUGAUUUUUACUAUUUAUUUAUAUCAUUUGUCACAAAUAAGUUCGGAGAUUUUUCAUCGGUCAUCCACAUUGAGUGUAGUUCUUCAAUAUUGAUGGCAUUUUUUGAUUUCGUCGCCUUGAUUUCUAAUGCCAUCAGAAUUACAAGAGAAGUGAAAAAAACAGCUCCUUACAUCCAUUUACUUUUGGAUCGCUGUGCAACAAAUUUGAAAGUUAAGAAAUUGUUAAUUGAAUUUUCACGCGAUCUCUUGUAUAGAAAUGUUGAAUUAAACGCCUAUGGAAUAAUUGUACUAGAUGAUUUUCUUUUACAAUCGAUUUGCGGUACUAUAACAACUUAUCUCAUCAUUCUUAUUCAACUUCGUCCUAAAUAGUUAUUAAGGAUAUAAUUUUCGCUAGCUAUAGCUGUGCUUACUGCAAAAAUUAUUCGCGAAUUUAAUAGAAUUAUUUACUUUAUCGAAACUUUAUUGGAUCCAAAAAAUAUUUGUUGAAUUGACAAAAAGAAAUCGAAUUUCUCGGAAUAAGUACUAUUCUUUUAACGCAAAAAUUUUCGUAUGCUCCAACUAAGAAAAAAAAGUCAAAGUUUUGAAAAUUGUCAGAU